AUGAAGUUGUCGUCAAAAACAUCGGUUCUUCAUACACAAUCCAGAAGAUGGACCAAUAAAGCUAAAAGAGAGACUUCUGCUGCUGAAGGUUCAAUAGUUGGAAGUAGAGUUGAUGGGGAGCAGAAUACUGCAGUUUUUACAACUCUGGACCAACUUUUGCAAAUAGACGGAUUGUUUACUCAUUCAGGUUCUCUAUUACGAAAAGAAGCUUACCGACAUGAAAUUGAAAUGUGUUCUCUAGCAUAUAAAUUCAGUACACACCUAAGAAACCUGCAAUUUACCGAUGAAAGAACAAAACUUAAUUACCCACCAGAGGUUGGUCAGAAUAUACAAACGAGGGGUGAACCGGGUGAAUGCAACAUAAAUCAAACAGAAAUUAGCAGCUUGGGGAUUGAUAAAGGGAAGCAAACAAUGAAACCUGAAGGUGAUACUUCGAGGGAAGUAGGUGACGUUUGUUAUUCUCGUGUUCAGAUUUUGGCUGGACACAACUGUGAUAGUGAAGAAUUUAAGCUGAAACAAUUUACCUCAGAUCAUUCCAUUGGGGAUCACGUUUCUAUAAUUGUUGCCAAAGGCGAUGAAUUGGGGACGCUAGAGUCCAGGGUGGAUUUGACGGCCAGAAAAACUUACUAUAAUUUUGGUACGAAACUGAAAUUGGAUGCCAAUAAUUUGCAACACAAAUCAAAACAAAGUUCCCAAGACCGUUUCACACAGUGUGCAAACAGGGUCCUUGAAUCAAUACAACAGCUCCAAUUGAAUCUUCCCAGAACACUUGAUGACAUCACAAACUUUUCGAAUACAACAAGCCAAGUUGAGAAAGAUAGAAUGGAUCAAGGCAGUUGUCGCAACGAAGGAACAAAUUCGCCACCACAAUUUACAACUGAUGAUACCACUAUGGCUACCAUCGAUGAAUACUCAGAAAGAGAAGUAAAAAACUUGGCAGUGGAGGCUUAUCAUUGGGCCAAGGAAGCUUUCAAUUUUCCGAAAGUGAAGGAUUAUGUUGCGAAUUAUGAGAACAGGUAG